AUGGAUGUGAGCGAGACUCCAGACAGCUAUAGCAAUGAUUCUAAGAGCACUUUCGACGACCCGCUCUUUCACCUCUGCUGGCGUCGCCAAUCAUGUUCGUCAUGUCUAGCGGGUGACGUUAGCUGCAGCUGGUGCCCGAUAGUAGGUUACAUUGUUUACUACGUCUUGGAUGCAAAUCAUUUCACGAGAAUUAUCUGGAUAAUUGCAUUUUCUGCUGCCUGCGUGCCUAACUCCGCACGCGUUCCCAUCCUGUCACCCAUAGGCUCUGCCAAAAUCUGUCCACUUGGCUCAGAGGAGAGAUGGGAGCUCCGAGCACGACCAUUUGGGUGUCGUGCUAGCUCUUUGACAGUUCUAUCUGUUGUUGUAUCAGUUCUGGUCACAUUAGCUGUGAUUGGGGCCGGAUAUGGCUUGCUAUACCUUGCGAGGAGCGUGCGGCGUCGCUGGAAGGAGAUAAAUUCUGAGCCCUUGAAUGACCAGGAGCAAAGGUGGUCACUGGGUAAUCUACCGAAUAAGCUGAUAUUCUCCCUAGCUAGAGUCGUCGGAAGAAGUCGCCAGAGAGAUGAACAGGGCCAAUUUUUGGCAGAAGAUGCAAGAGACAGCGGGGAGACAAGACCUUUGCUAGAGUAG